ACUCAUUUACGCCGGCUAAGGUGGGUGUCAGAUUCCGGUAGCCGGUAUCAAUUUCGAGGCAACUACUUUUGUAUAUAUAUAUAUACAUACCCACAUGACCCUUCUUCAAACCAUACGAAUUGCGGCUACCAGCCUUCGUUUGUGCCAAAAAAAAGAAAAUUUACGCGCACAAACACACAUCCUUCUUUAUCUCUCUUUCACACACACUCAUAUUAUACAUACAUACACAGUCAAGUCAAUUGUAAGAUAACACUAAACGGUCCUCAAUUCUCCUCUCCCGACAUGAAUAGAGGUUCACCGGAGAUGAUAAACUGUCUGAAUAUGAAUACUACUCCAGCAAAUCUAUCAGCUUCAGCCGUUAACACAACGGAUAUGAGCGUCCUUGAGAGACAAAGAGCUUCUUGCAUGAGAUGGCAACAAGAAGAGGAGGAAGAACAUCAUUUUUACAAUGGAAACCAAUUCAACAUGUUCUCAAUUCCUACUCCUCCUCCGUCGCAGCAACUUCAGGACUUAGUUAGCAACGCCCAUCCCAGUUUCAUAGCUCGGACAAUUAAGCCGGACCCUGCUAAUUUGGACAACGCCUGGUCUGAUUUUGGAAUUUUUGGGACAGGGAUAGAUAUCAAUUAUGAAAUCUCAAGGAUUACAAGCUGCCCACCGGCCAUGGCCUCUGACAUGGCCGAUAUCGCAACACUUGAGGCCAAAAAGUUAAGUCUUGCCGCCGGCAGAGAGAAUUCAAGGAAGAGAAGGGCUGAGAAGAACAGCACCCUUAAGGUAGUAAUGGAAGAUGAAGAAGAAGACGGUAAGGAUAAGAAGAUAAGAACAUGUUCUUCAGAUGGAGAGUCGAAGAUCACAGAGCAAAAUAGUAAUGACAACAAGAAGAAGAAUUAUAACAAGGAAUUAUUAAUGUCUUCUGAGAAAUCCAAGGCAGCUUCCUCUGAUGCUCCAAAAACUGAUUACAUUCAUGUCAGAGCACGUCGUGGCCAGGCCACAGACAGCCAUAGCUUGGCUGAGAGAGUUAGGAGAGAAAAGAUCAGUGAGAGAAUGAGAUAUCUUCAAGACUUAGUUCCAGGAUGCAAUAAGAUCACAGGAAAAGCUGGAAUGUUAGAUGAAAUCAUAAAUUAUGUCCAAUCACUUCAAAGACAAGUAGAGUUCUUGUCAAUGAAACUAGCUACUGUGAAUCCCACCCUGGAUUUCAACAUCGACAGCUUCUUCACAAAAGAGGUAUACCAACCCUGCACUUCAAACUUCCAAACAAUUGAAGUGUCACCAGAAAUUGCUAAUCCAAGCUAUCUCCAAUUCAAUCCAAACGCAUCCGAUAUUGGAUUGCGAAGAACGAUAAGCGUUCCUUUGUCAGUUCAAGAAACAAUUCUUGAUUCAUCCUUCUUCAAUCUCCAGUCAUCUGAAUGGGAUGCAAGUUUACAGAACAUUUAUGCCAUGGAGUUUCUACAGCAGGGAAAAUCCAGUAUGUUUCCAUGUCAACAAGUCACAGGUCUCAGUGAAGCAAGUAUGAAGAUGGAGAUGUGAGGAUUCCUACAGUGAAUCUUUGUUCUUGCACUGAGUACAUAAGAAAUUAAAAUGUAUAGUUGUAUUUACAGUAUCAUCUUUUAGAGAGAUAAGUAUUAGAAUGAGAUAAUGCCUUGGCUUACUUCUACAUUCACUAUCUGAAGAAUGGAAAUGAGCAUAAAUCUGGUUAAAAUUGACCAUCAUCCAAUUUUCAUGUUA